AUGCACCCUUCACAAUGGUUGGUGACGACGCUCGCAGCUCUGCUCAGCCAAACACAAGCUCCUGCAGAAGUGGUUAUGGGUGUGGGGAAAGAGGCUGUAGGCAUAGAGAAUGAGAACGUGGUGAGCUUGGAGGAGGAAGAGGAAGUGGAAGGCGUAGAGGUGCUGGAGCAGUUCGUAGAUCAGCACCUACCUGGGUGCCACUUAGUGCUUCUCACUGCAACUAGCAAUUCACCUGUUUUCUCCAGUAUUUUGAGACGAAGCAGCGCAACUCUCAAAUCUGCAGUGGUGGUAGACUUAGCUUCCUUGUACCGCCAGGAGCAGCAACAACAGCAGCAGACUCAGCAGCAGGUGGCCAAACAGUAUAGUCAGCAGCAGGUUAUUCAAGACGCGGACCAUGAAUCUCGUAAUCAAGUAGCUUAUGUAGCCCAUGUCAGGGCAGCUCAGGACAAGAUAACCCUAGAACAAGUAGUCCAAGACAAAAUAACUCAAGAUCAAAUAACCCUGGACAAGGUAGCUCAAAGGAAGUUAAUCAAAGGGUUGUUCGGUGGUCUGAAUACCAACUGUCGCAGUGUUGUCUUAGAUAUAAGCAAAUCUGACAACAUUAGUCGUGCCCUGAGGUAAUUUAAAUAUAUUUAAUCGUAUUAGUAAUAAUCACCUGUGUUAUUACUUUAGAGUUACAAUUAAUAUGUAAAGCUAUAUUUAUAUUUAGGAUCACUAGUUACAGGGGUUUAAGUACCCAGAAAUAAUCACUAGAAGAACGGCAAGCAGAUCCAACAAGACCUAAGUACAAAUAACAGCUUGUUUGUUCAUCUCAGUGGAGUCCAUGAUGCGCCCAAGUAUUGUCUCAGUGGUCCACCAGUGACCACCACCGUACAUGUCAGGAAGUUUGUAAGAUGUGAUAUUUAGGAAUUUAUAGGUAAUGCACAAAUUGGAAUUGAAAACUGGACGAUAUUGCUGUCCAUUUUGGAGUAUGACCAAGCAGAGAGUUGUCCAAGAUGGCCCGAAACAUCGUCCAUUUUUUUUAUUUCUAAUUUGUGGCUUAGUUGCGAAUUGUUGCAGUCAAGGUGUUGUGACUGGGACUACCUUAGCAGUAUAAUAUAUCAGAGACCUUUCCCUCUGUGAUGUCCAGGGCCCUCCUGUUUCUCCUCCUCCACCCCCCUCCCUCAAGGAUAACCUCGCCCCCUUCCUUGCAAUCCACCACACAAAUCUUGAGAGGCGACUUUCA